GGGAGGGGAGCGACGCCGCAUUCCACUACAUUGAUUUACACUACACUACAUUACACCCCAAAAUUAACAAUUGUUUGCAUGUUUAAGCAAUAAAGCAAAAUGGACAAAGCACCCGAGCAAUGGGCCGAGCUAUAUGCAGCCAACGAAGCAAUUUGGCAGGCAGAGCAAACCACUGCAAGCAGUAAACAAAAUGCCUGGCGCACGCAAAGGAUAUUGCUGGGCCAAGCAACGCGGCACAUUAAUGAUGCAACGCAUAAUGCUGUAAUCAAAGAGCACAUGGAUAAGCUGGAAAGCGACAGGAGCUCGGAGGCAAUCAUUAAGCAGCGCUUGGAGCGAUGUCAACAGAUUAUAAAGGGCAGUCGUCGUCGCGUCGGCUCCGGUAAAACCAUGGAGCUUAGCACGCCACCGACCAGCGUAUUUACGCCUGACUGCCGUGGCGCCUACGAGAGUUGCCAGCACAACGAAUUGGCUUUAAGCGAUUUGCAGAAAUUACGGGCUCCCGGUGGAGCGCACAAUGAGAGUGGCACGCGUAGGCCAAUCCCAGCAACAGGACCUCUGGCAUCUGUGGAUACAGCCCCUAAGCCGAUUAAAGGCUCUCAUCGUAGUAGCAGCUCAGGCUCAGUUGCGGCUGCCGCUGAGGACUCGGAUCCGAAUUGGUUGGGCUUUCGCACUGCACGCGAACAGCAGGAGUUGGACGAUUUAAAGAAAAAAAGGGGACCAAAUGAAAAUGCCGCACCAUGGGAUCUGAUGAACUACAAGAAAAAGAAGCCACCGAGUGAAAAUGCCGCACCAGCCGAUUCGAUGAAUUACAGCAAAAAGACGCUCGGCGGCCGGCGCACUGUGCACUCAAAGUAUGUGCCGCCCACGGAUCAGGCCCUGGAGCAGCAUGCGAACCGCAGCAAUGGCAGCGGCAGCAGCAGUUCGAGUGGGGGCAACAUUCCCAUACCCGACUCACUCGCACAUCUCGAUGCCAAAAUGGUCGAGCAAAUCAUGAGGGAGAGCAUGCACAACUACACGAAUGUGGCCUGGGAAGAUAUUGCCGGCUUGGAAUCUGCCAAAUCCACAUUCCUGGAGGCCAUCAUACUGCCGUUGCGGCGUCCCGAUUUGUACAGCGGCCAACGCCGUCCGCCACGCGGCGUUUUGUUAUUCGGUCCGUCCGGCACCGGCAAGACAAUGAUAGCCAAAUGCAUUGCCUCGCAGGCCAAGGCUCGGUUCUUUAGCAUCAGUCCCUCCACACUCACCUCCAAGUGGGUGGGCGAGUGCGAGAAGCUGGUAAUGACAUUAUUUGCUGUGGCCGUGGCCCAUCAGCCAGCCAUUAUCUUUAUCGAUGAGGUUGACUCGCUGCUAUCGAAGCGCUCUGCCAACGAGAACGAGAGCACAAUGCGCCUGAAGAAUGAGUUUCUCAUACAUUUGGAUGGCGCUGCCACCAAUGCUGAGGAUCAAGUGCUGGUGGUAGGUGCCACCAAUAGGCCCCAGGAGAUCGAUGAGGCGGUGCGUCGACGCUUUGUGCGUCGCUUGUAUGUGCCGCUGCCCACCAAGGAGGCACGCCAGCAAAUCAUUGAAAAGAUCAUCGCCACAGUGACGCACAGCCUGAGUUUGCUGGAAAUACAAGAGCUGGCUGAGCUCACGGACGGCUAUUCGGGCGCCGAUGUGGACAGUCUGUGUCAUUAUGCACUAUUGGCUCCAUUGCGUUCCAUUAGCUACUCCCAGAUGGACGUUAUACAGCCGCAUCAGCUGCCUGCCGUGAGCAUGGAGGACUUCAAACAGGCGCUCAAAGAAAUUACCAGCUCUGUUUCGCAGCAGAACCUUCAAAGUCUCGUCGAAUGGAAUAAAACCUUUGGCAGCACACGCUGAAAAAAAAGGGCCUUCAGUGCCCAUUUAAUUAAUUGAAGUAACUUCACUAAGUUCUUUUUGUUUUUGCUUCUUUAAUAAUACUUUGGAAAGUAUGUGUGAACACGAAGUAAAUGUACAAAGAUUUAAAUUUAAAGAUGAUGCCCAUAUUUUGUUGGGAAAAACUCACA